GUACACACCCGUGCAUAUCUAGGGUAUAUACACACAGUGCUGAUGCGGAACUUAAGCGCUGUGAUAAACUGAUAAAUAAAAACACACUGAACUGUUCCUCGUUUAACUGAAUUAACCUGAAUAAUAAGAAAAUGGCGGUGAGCGCGGUACAUUUAGAGUCGGACGCGUUCCUGGUGUGUAUGAAUCACGCGCUGAGCACAGAGAAAGAGGAGGUUAUGGGGCUGUGUAUAGGAGAGGUCGACACAAACCGCAUUGUUCACAUCCACUCAGUCAUUAUACUCCGAAGGUCAGACAAGAGGAAGGACCGUGUGGAGAUUUCUCCAGAGCAGCUCUCUGCAGCCUCGACUGAAGCUGAGAGAUUGGCUGAAAUGACUGGACGUCCUGUGAGGGUGGUGGGAUGGUACCAUUCUCACCCACACAUCACAGUGUGGCCAUCGCAUGUUGAUGUGAGGACUCAAGCCAUGUACCAGAUGAUGGAUCAGGGUUUUGUUGGUCUUAUCUUUUCUUGCUUUAUUGAAGAUAAAAAUACUAAGACAGGCAGAGUUCUGUACACUUGCUUUCAGUCCGUGCAAGCACAGAAAGGAUCAGAGUAUGAGAGAAUUGAGAUCCCAAUCCACGUAGUUCCACAUGAGGCCAUCGGCAAAGUAUGCCUGGAGUCUGCAGUAGAACUCCCUAGAAUCCUCUGUCAAGAAGAACAGGACACAUACAGGAGGAUUCACAGUUUAACGCAUUUGGAUCCAAUCACAAAGAUACACAAUGGAUCAGUGUUCACAAAAAACUUGUGCAGCCAGAUGUCGGCAGUAAGCGGCCCGCUGCUACAGUGGCUGGAGGAUCGUCUUGAGCAGAACAAACAGAGCAUCGUGGAGCUCCAGAAAGAGAAAGAGAGACUGAUACAAGAGCUGGCCUCAUUAUGAAGAUAAAGAAAGGGAGAAUGUAACUGUAGCUUCAGUGUUCUGUGCUUCUUUUUAUUUCUGAAACUACUACUGCUGCUGCUGCACUGAGAACAGUGGCCUUUAUGCUAUAUUGCCAUUCUCAGCUUGGUUAUCACUGGUUGUGGGGAAAUAAGAAAGGAAGUGAGGGUGGAGAAUUGAGAGAGAUAGUGGGAAAGAAAGAAAGACAGACAGACAGACAAAAUGUUUGUAACAUCGCUUCUGUUUUACCUCUGGGGUUUCCAGUCUCUGUGACGAGGGUUCUGAUUUGAGACCUGACUAUAUAGACUAAUAGACCUGUUUCAUUCUAGUUCGACUUCAUUUGAUGCUACACACUUACAGUAAUCAUUCACAUCACAUUUGGCUGUGCUUUUGUGCCAUGUUACUAAGUUUAAACCCACCAUCAGAAGGUCGGAUGGGUUUCCAACUUGAAUAAGAAGUUCUUUGCAACAAAAAAAACAGUCCAGAAACAACAGAUAUACAAAUACACCGAUCAGCAGUAACAUUAUCACCACUUCCAUGUCUCUGCACUUAAUGUCUAUUGUAACUGCUCCUAUAUACCAUAUAGGCACACUUUGUAUUUCUAUAAUUACGGACUGGUGGUGACGUUAUUGUGCUGUGCUGGUAAGUUGGAACUGUGCUUCACAAUUCCAGCUCUUUUGGACAAGUAUUUUAAAAGUCAUACAGACAUCAACAUAUAAAAAAAAACCCUCACUGGAAAAUAUAAUUAAAUGUGACAAAAGUUGCCUGAUAUUACAAAUGCUGGUAUGCACAAUUUACAUAUGCUACUUUUUUUCCAAGAACACAAUCUAAGGGCAGGAUUUACAGUACUGUUUUGCUGGUGCUUUUUUUUCUUUUUUUUUUCCAUAAGCUGUAAAAUUGAAUGUACAAAAAAACAGAUCAAAAUGUCAAAUAAAAUGGUGAAUUUAAACAA